ACUCAAGGUCCUUCUGUGCCUCGUUUUCCUUUUCCCUUGCUGUGCGUUUUCCAGGAGAACCAUAACUCCAGGCCCACAAUGGACGCCCUGCGACUGGCAAAUUCGGCUUUUGCAGUCGACCUGUUCAAACAACUAUGCGAGAAGGAGCCAGCAGGCAACGUCCUCUUCUCUCCCAUCUGUCUCUCCACCUCUCUGUCACUUGCUCAAGUGGGCGCUAAAGGUGAAACAGCAAAUGAAAUUGGACAGGUCCUUCAUUUUGAGAAUGUCAAAGAUGUGCCCUUUGGAUUUCAAACAGUAACAUCAGAUGUAAACAAACUUAGUUCCUUUUACUCACUGAAACUAAUCAAACGGCUCUAUGUGGACAAAUCUCUGAAUCCUUCUACAGAGUUCAUCAGCUCUACAAAGAGACCCUACGCACAGGAAAUGGAAACUGUUGACUUCAAAGAUAAACUAGAAGAAACAAAAGUUCAGAUCAACAACUCAAUUAAGGAUCUCUCAGAUGGCCGCUUCGAGAACAUUUUAACUGACAGCAGUGUAAAUGACCAGACCAAAAUCCUUGUGGUUAAUGCCGCCUACUUUGUUGGAAAGUGGAUGAAGAAAUUUCCUGAAUUAGAAACCAAAGAAUGCCUUUUCAGAGUCAACAAGACGGACACCAAACCAGUACAAAUGAUGAGUAUGGAGGCCACGUUCUGUAUGGGCAACAUUGACGGUAUUAAUUGUAAGAUCAUCGAGCUUCCUUUUCAAAACAAGCACCUCAGCAUGCUCAUCCUGCUACCCAAGGACGUGGAGGAUGAGUCCACGGGCCUGGAGAAGAUUGAAAAACAACUCAACUCAGAGGCGCUUUUGCAGUGGACCAAUCCCAGCAUCAUGGCCAAUGCCAAAGUGAAACUCUCCAUUCCAAAAUUUAAAGUGGAAAAGAUUAUUGACCCCAAGCCUAGUCUGGAAAACCUAGGGCUGAAAAAUAUCUUUAAUGAGAAUACAUCUGAUUUCUCUGGAAUGUCGGAGACCAAGGGAGUGGCCCUCUCAAAUGUUAUUCACAGAGUGUGCUUAGAAAUAACUGAGGAUGGUGGGGAUUCUAUAGAGGUGCCAGGAUCACGAAUCCUACAACACAAGGAUGAAUUCAAUGCUGACCACCCAUUUAUUUACAUCAUCAGGCACAACAAAACUCGAAACAUCAUUUUCUUUGGCAAGUUCUGUUCUCCUUAAGUGGCAGAGCCCAGGAUAAGUCCCAUCUGACUUUUCCGUAAACUCUGCAUCUAGAGAAUCACUUUCUAAAUAUAAUAAAUUGUUAAUAUUGCUGGAUCAGAAAGCAGUUGGUACUUGUCAUAUGUAGCCCUCACACUAAUAGGCCCUUCUUUUCCAGUCCUUUCUUUUGUCCCCCCCCCCCCCCCAAAGACAAUGCUUUUAAGGAAAAGGAAUCACCUUAGAGGAAAAAUACGUAUUCAUUAUUUGUCAAACUGUCUAAGGUUAUUGGCGGGAAUACAAUCUUUCACAAAGAAAAUUCCUAUAAGGAAGGUCUGGGGGAUUUUGUUCUCAGAGCUUUGCCUUCCUUCACUGGGAUACAGAAUGCUCCAGACAUUCUCACUUCCCUGAAAGACUACAGAAACUGUGGUGUGUGGGAUCCGCAAAACUGUCCUGGCUCAAGUGAGACUUGGGCACAUGUUCAGGCUACUGUAGGUCCACAGCACCUCGUGCUAAACCCUGGGGACAAAUGUUUUCUUCAAACUGAUUUCUUGGAUUUUAGAAAGAUAAUAUGUUGCAUAUACUGUAUGUUAUGGAUCUCCAUUGAUGGAGUCUGGGAACAGUACCCUAUAAAUCAACACCUUAAUAUUUCUGCCACGAAAUGUAGAAUAUUGACACAAAAUGGAUAAAUAAAGACUCUACGUAGCCCAUAAGAGUCAGGUUUUGCUGCCAAAUGAGUGUGCCACCAGCUUAGGAAAAAACUUUGUUUUCAGAACUUUUUGCAAGUUUGGAAUAUUGAAUAAGGAGUUGCAGACCUAUAGCAGCUGAAGUGCAGCACCUCAAGGGGAAGUUCGGGUCUUAUUAAACAUUCACUUGCAUUUUUGAGAGAAGGCCCACCUGGUCCUUUGGUUGGCAAUAGAUGACAGGCAGGGGAUUCUCACUGACUCCACAAGGUUUUGGAUGUCUGACAAGCAGGAAUUUAAAAGGCACAGGGACUGUCACAGUAGCUAAUAAAGGAAUUUGAUGAGUGUUAAGGGAACUUGUCU